UUUACGCUUGGACGUUAGAUCCAUUGCGAGUUUUUCGAUAGAUCGGCCUUGUUUCGCCAGCGCAGCUGGACUUUUACCGAGUAUUUUGCUGGGACGGGAGUUUCUUUUUGUUUUUAUUCUUGUUCGUCCCAUCCUGCCCGCUCUAUUUUGGGGGAUCGAUCAAUUCGUGAGCACCACCAAGUCUCUCUUGCCAGGAGGUCGUGGCUCUAGAGGAAACGUUAGUCGAGAUGGAUCGAAGGGGUAAGGGAAGUUACGGUACUGGCAAUGCCCAACAGGUGCAGCUACAGAAACAACAGCAGCAGCAGCAGGGUGCCAAGGCUGGCAAGGUCAUGACUGCAGAAGAGUUUGAGAGAAUUUUGGAAAACAAUACUGCUACGACUAGGAUCACCUUAUCCUCAGACCGACGAUAUCAGUCCGAAGACGACCUGUCAGAUAAUUCUAUUGACAGAGCUCUGGCUUCGCAAUCUGCUUUUUACGAUUACGUGUCCACUCCUGGACAGCAACAACCACAGCAUCCCCAGCAGCAACACGCACAACAGCCUAACGGCGUACACAUCCCUUCUCGGACUCAUCCAGUGCGGCAAAAUACAGCACCACCUCGAUUGUCAGAGUCUCACGACAACUACGACGACGAUCUGAUGGACACGCCACCGGUUCGAAGGAACGAAACGCAGUCUCUAGCGGAUUUCCUGCGCAGUACGGGACCAGAUGGUGUUGUGAUAUCCGCCAAAGAUGCCAAAAAAGAUAAGGAAAAGAAAAAGAAAAAGUCUACUGGUUUUUUUGGAUUUGGAAAGAAGAAUAAGAGAGAGGACCAGCAGAAUGCUCAACCGCCCAAGCAUGUUCAGUUGAAGAUACCAUAUGAUCCUUUUGCGAACAAGGAGAAUCAAGCGCAAGGACAGCAGGAUUAUUUUGGUGUUCCCUCACACAUAUCGAAUCGCGAAGUCCGCCGCAGUAUCAUCAUUGCAGAGGACGAAGGACGUUUCGGGGCACCUCUCAUUGAUGUUUCAGCUGCAACCGGCCGACCACGUCGUCCGGAAUCCAUGCUACCGGAAGGUGGUCUCCGGGCGCCGUCACCCAGAGGACAGCAACAGUAUGAAGCGUACUUUGGUCCGCCCCGUCAACAAUCUUUGCCUCAGCAGCGUGCGAGUGUCCAUCAUUCACCACCACAGCAACCGCGCAUGGACCAGGACCCGCAGUCUCAGCGACAACAAGAGCAAGGCGUGCCACCGCGUCGAUCGCCUUCACCUCAUGGGCGACUGGGUGAGCAAGGGCGACCAAAGAAUGCUGUUGAUCAACGGCCGACGCAGCCCUUGAACUACCCGCUAUCCCUUAUGCCGGAUGAAGCCUUCCACGUCUCUCCUUUUGAGUCCAACUUUAAGUUCGAAGACCAGGUAUUUCUCUCUGUCGAACCGCCAGCACAUGUGGUUACCCAAGAUAUGGUGCACCAGGCCAACGUCCCCGAGUACCGCAAUGAUUAUCUGCUCUCGGACGAUGAUGACGAUGAUGACGAUUGGGAUGAUCACUACGAUGAUGAUGAUCGGUUUGAUGAUUUUGACGAUCUAGACGAAGAAACGCUCAAAAACACCGAGCUGAAUGCAAUGAUUGAGUACGGGAUUUCGGAUGUUGUCGGGCCGGAGAAAACUCGAAAGCCUGGUAUGGCACCACCACGUCCCAAGAAGACUGUCAGUUUUUCUGCGGUUGUGGAAGAGUUGAUGGGGGCUUGGGAGGAUUCCGAUGGCGAGUUCGAGUACGGGCCAUUGUCUACAUCUUUUACAGCACUGAAGGACAAGGAAGCGGAACGGAUGCAAUGGGAGGGAAGUGGAAGCGGAGAGAAUGGUGUCGGUGUGGGACCGGUGAUAACGUCGCGGGGAUCUUCGUUGGUGUAUUCUGCAGGAAAGCCAUUAGAUGGUGAUGAAGUCCGGGGUGGAGAAGGGGCUCCCACUAACAGUCAAAGUGCCCCUGCGGUCGCAGUAGGAGCUGGAGUUGCAAUGGGACAGCAAACAGGACAUGCUCCUCCCACGGUGGCACCUGCUGCUGAACCGACCCCAGCUCAUGCUCAUACGACAACAUCCCCUCCGGCAUCAGUGCCGGUUGCGGCACCCGUCACUCCUCCCUCAACGCCCCAGACCGUUAUGACAGCCGCCGCAACCCGCACGGCUUCCCUUUCGUCAGAAGCGGCGACCCCUAGUCCAGCAUCCACUGCGGCUACAUCACCCACACCUGUAUCAACCGGCACAGGUACUGGGCCAACGCCACAGUCGACAUCAACAGCGGGUAAUCCACCAGUAGCGGCACCAACCCGGACGCGCAAAAAAGUCCGUCACGUCCAAAUCCAAACCCGUGGUGCAUCAAUGAAGGAAGUCCAAACGCAAACGGUGUUGACUGUUGCAGCUCUCAAUACCCAAUUGGAGACACUGUCGGCAGAAGCUACCACGCUGUCAACCAAGCAUGCGCAAACCCUCUCAACUGUCUCGUCACUUACCAGUGCAAAAGAGGUUGCGGAAAAGACCAUCUCCACUCUCCAAUCCGAUCUGGAUGCUUCUAAAGCCGAGAAUCAGAGUUUGUUGGCAGAAGUCGUGCGGUUGCGUGAACUCGUGCGUGAAGGAGCGAGAGAGAAGGAGGAAUUACGGGACGUUCUGGACAGUGAUCGAAAGAGGUUUGAUGCGCUGAGCGUACAAGCCUAUGGAAAGAUUAAAGAGUUGUUGAUGGAGCGACACAUCCUGGAGAUGGAAGUGGGGACUGUAAAAGCACAGCUCCAAUCACUCGAGUCCCAACAUAAAGAAUGGAUGGAAGCUGAUGCCGAUGAUGAGCAAGAACAAAAGGGGAUGUAAAAAGCGGGCUGGAAGUGGAUAGACGUGGUUUCUUGGAUGGUUAUCUAUAGACUUGCGCGAAAGCGCAUUACGGUAGUUUCUUACUUUUUUUUUUUUAUCUCAUGCUCCCUAUAGACAGCAGAGGAUGAUCUUUUAUAGUUGUGUUUAGGAAUAUUUUGAAGAAUCUAGAUAAUGGCUUGUAUGUGUGGUUCAAAGGAGCAAAGGUUUUUC